ACUUCCUGUCCUGGUGUGAGUAGAUACUGUUGUCGUCUGUACGUCUCUCCGUCGCGCUAGAGGAGGUGCUCCGCCCCUCUUCCCACUCACCACUGAGGAACGAAGUCCUCUCCUUUUCUCUUCCUCUCUGUUCCUCCGAGUCGAAGAAGAAGAAGAUGCAGGGAGUUCCGGAUGGAGGAGAUCUCGCUCGUCUCCACGCCACCAUGCAAGCUGUCGAAGAUGCUUGCAAUUCUAUUCAGAUGCAUUCAAACCCGUCUGCAGCGGAAGCAACACUUGUCUCUCUUCGCCAAUCGUCCAAGCCAUAUCAAACAUGUCGGUUCAUCCUUGAGAAUUCUCACCUGGCAAAUGCAAAGUUUCAAGCGGCUUCUGCAAUUCGGGAUGCUGCAAUACGGGAAUGGGGAUUUCUUUCCCUCGAAGAAAAGCAAAGCCUGAUCACCUAUUGCCUGUGCUUUAUUCUGAGGAGUCCAGCCUCGUCGGAGGCCUAUGUCCAGGCGAAGGUUUCUGCAGUUGGGGCUCAAUUAAUGAAGCGUGGAUGGCUUGAAUUCGCUGAUGCUGAUAAGGAGUCAUUUUUGGCUGAGAUAAAGCGAGCUGUUCUUGGUGUUCAUGGUUUAGAUGUCCAGUAUGUCGGGAUAAAUUUUUUGGAAUCGCUGGUGUCUGAAUUUACACCGUCUACAUCACCAGCCAUGCGGCUGCCUGCAGAGUUCCAUGUGAAGUGCCGUGGUUCUCUAGAACUUGGGUAUUUGAAGGAAUUUUACUGUUGGGCUCAAGAUGCUGCAGUUGGUGUUGCCAAAGAAGUGGUGGAAUCCACUUCACUUGGACCUGAGCAUAAAGUUUGUGCUGCAGCAUUUCGCCUAAUGUUUCAAAUUUUAAACUGGGAUUUUCAAUCUACUAAUAAUGGUGGAAUAGGAAAAAUGAUGAACACUUUUACUGCUGGAGAUGGGCGUUUGUUGCUUAAGAAGUGUGAAAGAGUCAUAGUGCAGCCAGGACCUGUGUGGCAUGAAAUUCUGCUUUCUCAUGGACGUGUUGAGUGGCUUUUGGAGUUUUAUAAGAUAAUGCAGCAAAAGUUUUCAUGGGAAAGUAGCUGGAUUGAUUCUCCACUGGCCGUGUCCAAUCGGCAGUUGAUUGUCCAACUUUGCUCAUUGACUGGAACAAUAUUUCCAUCAGAUAAUGAUGCUAUAGAUGAUGGUCAAACACAAGAAAAGCACUUACUACAAAUGCUCUCCGGAAUUAUCCAAUGGAUUGACCCUCCAGAUGUUGCUUGUGAAGCUGUUAGACGUGGAAAAAGUGAAAGCGAACUGCUUGAUGGUUUUCGUGCACUGCUCGCAAUAGCCACCAUUACAUCUCGCGUGGUGUUUGACAAACUCCUGAAGUCAUUACGACCUUAUGGCACACUUACUCUAUUAUCUGGAUUAACUUGUGAAGCUAUCAAGGCACGAUCUUCUGCCAGUGAUGAGGAGGAGACUUGGGGUGUGGAGGCUUUUGAUAUUCUAAUGGACAUAUGGACUGUCCUAUUGGAGCCAACAGAGUUAAGCAAGAAUACCCCAUUGCCUUUUGGGAUAACUGAAGCUGCUGCUGUUUUUGGCACCAUUUUGGAAUUUGAACUCAAGGCUGCUGCUGAUUCUGCAUAUGAUGAAGACGAUGGCCAUGAGCAGUUUCGAGCUUAUAUCUUGGCAAGGGACGAUAAAUUAUGCUCCUAUGCUCUUAUUGGACGUGCAGCAGCUGAAAUGACUAUUCCUUUGCUUCUGAAGACAUUCUCUGAGAGGGUUACCUUGCUUGAUCAGGGCCGUGGAAGAACUGAUCCUACUCGCAUAUUGGAAGAGGUUUACUGGCUUUUGCUGAUAACUGGACAUGUUCUUGCUGAUGCAGGAGAUGGUGAAACACCAUUGGUCCCAGAAGCACUUCAAGCACAGUUUUCAGAUGUUGCGAAUGCAACUCAGCAUCCUGUGGUUUUACUUUCUAGCUCAAUCCUAAGAUUUGCUGACCGUUGCUUAGAUCCAGAAAUGCGAGCUUCAUUUUUUAGCCCAAGAUUGAUGGAGGCAGUAAUAUGGUUUCUUGCAAGAUGGGCUGCUACAUACUUAAUGCCGCUUGAUAGUGGGAAAGGUUAUUCCUCCAUGCUUGGUGUGGAAGGUCAAAAGUUGCACUCUGUGCUUCCUUCUAGAGAGAUUCUAAUGAGCUUUUGUGGAGAGAAAAAUGAAGGAAGAACAGUCCUUGAUAACAUAAUCCGUAUCGCUAUCACAACACUUAUUUACUGGACCGGAGAAAAGAACCUUCAGGAGCUCACUUGUUUCCAACUUCUACCUACUCUGGUCAGUCGACGGAAUAUCUGCUCUCACCUUGUCACACUGGAGUCAUGGCAUGAACUAGCAAAUUCUUUUGUAUCUAAUAGGAUGUUGUUCUCAAUGGCUGGCCCUCUUCAACGAUCUCUUGCAGAUGCAUUAUGCCGGUCUGCUUGUGGGUUGAGCACCAUGGAGGCGGCUAACCAGUAUGUGAGAGAUCUCAUGGGGCCAGUUACAUCAUAUCUAGUUGAUAUAUCUACCAAGAAUGAACUGAAAGAUGUUGCUCAGAAAGCAGAUGCUAUUUUUAUGGUGAGUUGCUUGUUGGAGCGUUUGAGAGGAGCAGCUAGAGCUACCCAGCCUCGUACUCAAAGAGCUAUAUUUGACAUGGGCCUUUCUGUCAUGACCCCUCUACUGACUCUUUUAGAAGUUUACAAGAAUCAGUCUGCAGUGAUCUACAUCUUGCUUAAAUUUGUGGUGGACUUGGUUGAUGGGCAAGUGGUCUUUCUAGAACCUAGUGAUACAGCUGUUCUUUUUAGCUUCUGUGUGCGGUUACUCCAGAUCUAUUCUUCUCAUAACAUUGGCAAGAUAUCAUUGGGCUCUUCUAGCAGUUUGCUUGGGGAGGCCAAGACUGAGAAGUACAAGGACUUGCGUGCUCUGCUUCAGCUGUUGACAAACUUAUGUUCCAAGGACCUGGUUGAUUUUUCUUCAUCUGGAGAAGUAGAAAGCCCAAAUGUUGCUCAGGUUGUUUAUUUAGGCUUGCAUAUUGUCACUCCACUCAUAUCUAUGGACCUUCUGAAAUAUCCCAAACUUUGUCGGCAGUAUUUUUCUCUCCUGUCACAUAUGUUGGAGGUGUACCCUGAGAAGGUUGCCCAGUUGAAUCCUGAUGCCUUUGGACAUAUUGUUGCAUCUCUUGACUUUGGCAUUCACCAGCAGGACAUUGAGGUUGUAAACAUGAGUCUGACAGCGGUUAGUGCGCUUGCUACUUAUCACUACAAGGAGAGAUGUUUGGGAAAAGAGGGCUUGGGCUUGCACGCUGCAGGCUAUGAGGAUGCAAAUGGGAAACAUAAAGAAGGCAUUUUGGCAAGCUUUCUGCGCUCUUUGCUGCUGCUACUCCUUUUUGAGGAUUACAGUGUUGAACUUGUUGGCUCAGCAGCAGAUGCUCUCCUUCCAUUGAUUGUUUGUGACCCUGUUUUAUACCAGAGACUCGCCCAUGAACUUAUAGAAAGCCAAACAGAUCUAUUGCUAAGGUCAAGACUUGUAGCAGCUUUACAGAAUCUGACAAGUUCAAACCAGCUAGUGCUGUCCCUCGAUCGUGCAAACAGACAGAAAUUCAGAAAAAAUCUCCAUUAUUUCUUGACAGAAGUUCGUGGAUUUCUGCGGACCAUCUGAAGGUAAAGAGGUUGCUUGGAAUUUCUUUAGUUGCAUUUGUAAGUUACUUAGGCUUGUGAAUAGAAUGAGUUUGAGCAUUAUAGGCUUGAUCAAGUGUGGUCAUUAUGUUCAUCUUAUGUAUCUGCAAUUUUUUUUUUCUUCCAUUCUUUUGGGGUUGAUCUAUGUAAAGGGAGCUCUGGUAGAUAGAUUGGACGACAUUGUUCAAUUCAUCAAUGGUGAAAGGGAAAGAUUAGAAAAAAAAAAAAAACAAGUCAUUUGUCA